AUGGCUCUGUCUCAACGUGAUGGUGAAAUAGCCGUCAGCACCUUGGACGAUGAGAGUGACAGUGAUACCAGCUCCAUUCUGAGCCAGAUCUUUUCAGAUAACGGGUCCGACGAUGAGUCUGCCAGUGAUUUGGAUCCCAAUACACAGGAUAAGUUGGAUGAUACCUGUGAGUAUUGGAAUAGGUUCUACCGGCAUAUUCACGUGGACCUAUCGUUUUGGAAAUGGUGGCAUCUUGUUCUGAAGCAAGAGACCUUGUCAGGACUUAGCAAAGAUAUUAUUGUUAAGGUGGAGGAUGUCAUAGCCCUGGUAGCAACCGAGAAAAAUCUGAAGGAGACUCGAAGGGCAAAAAAGAACAUGUAUAUUGAAGAUGUAUCUGAGUUUACACGUGUCCUAUUGUCCACCACCGAAACGAGUUUUGGAUGUGGUUGGCGGCGAACCCAACUUCUUUUCUACACUCAGCUUGCUGUCAUCACUGUAAGCCGUCCUAGAGCCCUCUUACACCUUUGCUACCAGGACCUGGGACUCAGACUUAUCCGUGAUCCGGAAGGAGGCCGACCGAAUUUGUUUAUUUUUUUGAAGCCGGACUUCACCAAGCGAUUCCUUGGGAAGAAAGCUCCGAACGAGUUCAAAAUCCCAGAAAUUAUCUUUGACCUAACACUGAUUUUUAGCCUGCACGUCUGUCUGCUGAGCAUGUUAUUCCACAUUGAGGGCUUCAAGAGAAUCACAGAGACUGGUCCCGUACUGGAUAAUGCAAAGAAACUCUAUAGCGUCGGUAUUGUUGACGGCUUAAAUCAGCAGGACCUGAAAUUAAAGGAUGAAAUCUUGAAUAAAUAUGUGUUUUGUCAGGUGGAGCGGGAAACAACUGGAUAUCGGAUUGUCUUGGAAAAGAGAAUGCUCAGCUCAACAUUGCGAUCUCAAAUGCGUCGUGUUGGCGAGAUCACUACCUUUGAAGACAUUGUUAAACCCUAUCUUCUUUGGUAUGCGGCAGCCAAGGAGUUCAAUAAUAGCGAGGAAAUCUCGGAGGCCCUAUAG